CACAGUAAGAGAGACACUGGAACCUGAAGGAGUAAAAACUAGAGGAAAAGAAGAAGACAUUCAACAAGAACGGAGGAGAUCAGUUGGAGCAAUUAUAGGACUGACAUCAGAGAAGAUGGAGUCUUGGUUCUGCUGGAUUCAGCUUGUGAUCCUGUUCAGAACCAUCUGGGCCGACCUGCCCUCACCACCACAAUACACCAUCCACCAAGCCCAGGUGAGCUUCGACCGGGCUGCCGAGGACUGUUCCCCCGGCGUCCUCACCACCAUCGCUACCGAGCCGGAGGUGGCAGACAUCCUCGGGCUCAUCUCCCAGUCGUCGUCCACUAAUCAGAAGGAAUUCACCUUCUGGGUCGGGCUGAGGAAGGUCAAACACAAUUGUGUCGUUCCCACGUUGCCACUGAGAGGAUUCAAGUGGACGGAGGACGGCAGCGAGGACUCGCAGGUGAGCCGCUGGACCGAAGAACCCAAGUACACCUGCACGACGGUUCGCUGUGCGGCACUAAAGGGGGAGUGGGACGGAUCGAAGGUGACCAGAUGGGGUCUGAUCCCUGUCACCUGUAAGAACAGGUACCAGUUCAUAUGUAAGCUGAGGGACAGAGAGACCAGCGUUAAACCAGCUGCACCAGAACCACCAAAACCAGCUGCACCAGAACCACCCAAGUCAGCUGCACCUGAAGCACCAAAACCAGCUGGAUCAGAAACACCAAAACCAGCUGCACCUGAACCACCAAAACCAGCUGCACCUGAACCACCAAAACCAGCUGGAUCAGAACCACCAAAACCAGCUGCACCAGAACCACCAAAACCAGCUGGAUCAGAACCACCAAAACCAGAUGCACCAGAACCACCAAAACCAGCUGUACCAGAGCCAAUCAAACCAGCUGCACCAGAACCAAUCAACCCAGCUACACCAGAACCACCUAAACCAGCUGAACCUGAACUAAUACCUGCAACAGAAAAACCAGAACCAGCUAAUCCUGCCCCUGGACUUCCUUCCCCAGGAUCAGAAGCUGACCUGAAGCAUGACACUGGACCUGAACUGCAGGGACCUGAUCCUAAUCCUGGUUCGGAUUCCUGUCAGCACCCUCUGAUCCCCAGCGCUCGCUCCAUUAGUUUUCACAACAGCAGCAGGAUCCAGGUGGAGUGCUGGUCCACAGACCCGGUGGAGCUUCGCUGCUCGGGCCGUCCCGCUGUGUGGCGGCUGCUGGACGACUCCCCCGCCAACUUCAGCAACGUCUGCCUGUCGUGUGGGAACGGCUUCCGAAAAGAUGCUUCUGGACACUGUGUGGACGUCGACGAGUGCGGUGGCAGCAGCGCCCCCUGCAGGCACACCUGCCUGAACACGGAGGGCUCCUACAGGUGCUUCUGCUCCGAUGACAACGGGAAACAGCACAACGAGGACUCGCCGGCAUGCGCAGAUACGACGACCAGCGGUCCCCUGGUCCCGGUGCUGGCCGCUGUGGCGGCGCUGGUCGUGCUGCUGUUAGUCGGCGCAGUGACGGUGAAAUGUUGCUUGAUGAGGAAAUCGAAGAAAGCAGCCAGAAAAGAGGCAGAGAAAAUGGCGAUGAAGGGCAAUGCUGCCAGGGAUUCUUUUGAAACAGCCAAUGAGAAAGCACCAUGAUAAAAGAGGGCUGUGAUUGGUUGUCAGUGACAUCAUCAGUGUCUCAAAAAUGACGCAAACUUUCCAGAAAGUUAGAAAAUGAUUAUUCUUAUAAUUAUUUUUAUUUUUAUGAUAUUUUCUGGGUUUAGGUUAGGAGUUUGUGUUCGGGUGAAGCUGAGCACUAAAGAACUAAAGAGAACAUUCAAUUGUUUUUAGUCAAUUAAAGUGAUCAAUGAUUAUUUCAAGAGAAUAUGAAUCAGGACAUUAAAUAAAUGUUAUAAAAAAAAAAAAAUUAGGAAAAAGCCAAUGUCAAUUGAUUACUUUCGCAUUGAAAAUGCGGAAGGUAAUGUUUUGAUCGCCGUGUAUUUAUUUAUUUGUAUGCGUCUUACUCGCAUAACUCAAAAAGUAUUAAACCGAAUCGCAUGAAAUUUGGUGGGAUGAUUGGCUAUUAUCCGGGGACCAUUUGAUUAGAUUUUGGGAUUGAUCGGGUCAAAGGUCAAGGUCAUGAAAAGGUCAACAUCUUCGUUUUACCAUAGCACAGUCAAUUUUUAUCCAAUUGGCAUGCAACUAAUGCCAAAAUGUUCAUAAUUCAAUGCCCAAUCUUGUGAUAUGCGAAGGUAUGCGCUCUAGCGAGUGCCCAUUCUAGUUUAUACAUGUUUUGGACACAAACCUCUGUGAAUAAGUUUAAAUUGACGCUAAUGAUUGAACUAUGUUGUAUUUCUUUAAAUACUUUAACUUUAUUAAAAUAAGGAACGUUAUUUUUGCCUUUUGAUAAAUAAAUAUUAUUGCUAUUUAAAAAUCUAUAUGUGUGUUAAAUAAAAUUAAUUUACAUUUUGAACGUUGGGUCCCAGUCUGGUGUGUUAGACCCGGACCCUGACGUGAUGCUCCCACCUGCUGGAUGAAACGAGGUGAUUCGUUAAAUGAAAAUCAAUGUUGUUAAGUGUACAAGUUUGUUCUCUCUCUCUGGUGGAGAGAGAGAGAGAGAGAGAGAGAGAGAGAGAGAGAGAGAGAGAGAGAGAGAGAGAGAGAGAGAGAGAGAGAGAGAGAGAGAGAGAGAGAGAGAGAGAGAGAGAGAGAGAGAGAGAGAGAAUUUAAUUUAGCAAUGUAAACAUUGAUCUUUUUUAACUGAAUCACUUUGUUUCAUCCAGCAGGUGGCAGCAUCACUUCAUUACUGUAAUCACUUACAAGGAGAACACAAGAAUCACACUGAAACGGAGCAGACCGGGUCCAGGUCCAACAGACCGACCUCUGACCCCCCUUCCUCUCUAAGGUCCUUGAGGAAGUGGUCUCACACCAGUUGUGUGACUGGUGUGAGACACUCAUAAUAGUUUAUUUGAGGAGUUUCAGUCAGGAUUUAGAAAACACCACCGAGACAUGACAGGGUUAGGACUCAUCUCUGUACUGGUCUUGUUAGACCUUAGUGCUGAUAGAGGACUCAUCUCUGUACUGGUCUUGUUAGACCUUAGUGCUGAUAGAGGACUCAUCUCUGUAAUGGUCAUGACAUCUAGUGUUCAUCUGGUCACAUGACAUCUAUUGAUCCUCCUCUGUUCUCUCCUGAAUGUUUCUUCCCUUUUUUCCCCUUUGAAAGAGUUUUUUCUAUUUAUUGGGAGUUUAUCUGAUGUGAGGUCAAAGGUCAGGGAUGUCUAUGGGUACAGACUGUAAACCCUUCUGAGGAAAGUUUGUAAUUUGUGAUAUCGGGAUAUACAAAAUAAACUGAUAUGAAACUGAA